AUGUGGCCUCCUUUCUUCAUAAAAAAGGAGAUAGUCAACUUCAACUGUCGGAAACUCGUGGCCACGAUGCCUCUGUUUGCUAACGCUGACCCCAAUUUUGUGACUGCCAUGCUGAGCAAGUUGAGAUUCGAGGUGUUUCAACCUGGAGAUUAUAUCAUACGAGAAGGAGCUGUGGGUAAAAAAAUGUACUUCAUUCAGCAUGGUGUUGCUGGAGUCAUCACAAAGUCCAGUAAAGAAAUGAAGCUGACCGACGGCUCGUACUUCGGAGAGAUUUGCCUGCUGACCAAGGGACGCCGCACGGCCAGUGUCCGAGCUGACACGUACUGCCGUCUUUACUCGCUCUCUGUGGACAACUUCAAUGAGGUCCUGGAGGAGUAUCCGAUGAUGAGAAGAGCCUUUGAGACGGUUGCCAUUGACCGACUGGAUCGGAUAGGCAAGAAAAAUUCAAUUCUUCUGCAAAAGUUCCAGAAGGAUCUUAACACUGGUGUUUUCAACAACCAGGAGAACGAGAUCCUGAAGCAGAUCGUGAAACACGACCGGGAGAUGGUGCAGGCCAUCGCUCCGAUCAGUUACCCGCAGAUGCCGGCCCCGAACGCCGCCUCCACGGCCACGCCCACCUCCCGCAUGAGGACCCAGUCGCCGCCCGUGUACACCGCCACCAGCCUGUCCCCUAGCAACCUGCACUCCCCCAGCCCCAGCACGCAGACCCCCCAGCCCUCGGCCAUCCUCUCGCCCUGCUCCUACACCACGGCCGUCUGCAGCCCGCCCGUCCAGAGCCCGCUGGCCGCCCGAACUUUCCACUACGCCUCCCCGACGGCGUCGCAGCUGUCCCUGGUGCACCCGCCGCCGCAGCCCCCGGCCCCGCAGCCCCCGCCGCCGCCUCCGCAGCAGCCCCCGCAGCCACAGACGCCCAGCGGCAGCUCCACGCCCAAGACCGACGUGCACAAGAGCACGCAGGCCCUGCACAACGCCAGCCUGAGCCGGGAGGUCAGGCCCCUCUCUGCCUCGCAGCCCUCGCUGCCCCACGAGGUGUCCACCCCGAUUUCCAGACCGCACCCCACGGUGGGCGAGUCCCUGGCCUCCAUCCCUCAGCCCGUGCCAGCCGUCCACGGCGGGAGCCUGCAGGCGGGGGGCCGGGGCACUGUCCCCCAGAGGGUGACCCUGUUCCGACAGAUGUCGUCGGGAGCCAUUCCCCCCACCCGAGGAGUCCCUCCGGCACCCCCUCCGCCGGCGGCCCCCCUUCAGAAAGAGCCUUCCUCAGUCUUAAAAACAGACCCAGAGGUGGAAAAGCCACGAUUUUCUUCAAAUUUAUGA